AUGCCUGCUUUAUCCCCGACAAUGACCCUGGGGAAUGUUGGUACUUGGCGGAAGCAGGUCGGAGAUUCCAUUGAACCCGGUGAUGUAUUAGUCGAAAUCGAAACUGAUAAAGCUCAGAUGGAUUUUGAAUGCCAAGAAGAAGGAUAUCUUGCCAAAAUUCUUGUUGAAUCUGGUGAAAAAAAUGUUAACCCUAUUGCUAUUCUUGUUGAAGAUAAUCAAGAUAUUAAGAAAUUUGAGGACUAUGUUCCUGAGCAAAGUUCAACACCCACCAAAGCAGAAUCUGCAGAAAAAAGUGAAGAAACUUCAAAACAAGACAUACAAAAAGAAGAACCGCGAAAACAACAAGAGGAGUCCGUAAAAAGUCAUGCGUCCAGUGAUAGAAUUCUUGCGAGUCCUGUAGCACGUAAAUUAGCAGCUGAGCGUGGGAUUUCUCUUGAUCAAGUUGCUGGUACAGGACCAAAAAAUCGUAUUAUUAAAGCUGAUAUAUUAAAUUUUGUUCCUCCCGCGGCAGAGCAACCGACUCCAUCAAAACAUGCCGAACCUUCCUCAACUUAUAUCGAUAUUCCACUAACUAGCAUGCGCAAGAUCAUCGCUUCACGAUUAAGCGAAUCCAAGCAAUCUAUACCACAUUAUUACUUGACUAUUGAGGUGGAAGUAGACAAGCUUUUGGAGCUUCGUGAAGUUCUUAACAAAGACAGUGAUGGAAAAUAUAAAAUUUCAGUCAAUGACUUUGUGAUUAAAUCCUCAGCAUCUGCACUUAUGGCAAUGCCUGAAGGACUAGAAGCUAUAUCUAAACAAGCUAAGGAAUUGGCGGUUCGUGCAAGGGAAGGCAAAUUAGCACCUAACGAAUAUCAGACCGUCCCAACAGAAGAGACUGCGGAAGUUAUGGAAGAUCGUGAAGAGACAGAACAUGAAAAUGGUACCACGUUCCCUUAUACGAAUGACGAACUGUCUGCUGGAUCCAAUUAUCACCUUUUCAAAAAAGGAAUAAAACCAAUGUGGGAGGAUCCGGCAAAUGAACAGGGUGGUAAAUGGGUUAUUCAAUUUCCUCGAAAUAAAACCGGCGAGGAGAUCAAUACACUUUGGUUGUAUACGGUAAGUUUAAAUCCAUCUCAACAACUUGAAUUUCAACCACAUUCUGAUUCUAUUAAGAGUGGUAGUCAUAGCAAAGAAC